AUGGCGCUCGUCGCGGCGACGACGUCCAUGGCGCCCGCGCCCGAGGUCGACGACUUCGCGACGCUCUGCGAGGUGGAGACGGCGGUCGUGGCGAAGAUGCAGGGCGACGAGCGCGGCGGCUUCGACCUCUGCGAGCAGCUGAGCCACGGCUGGGCCUGGGCGCAGUCGUUCGGGUCGACGGCGGCGGCGGCGCGCGGCGCGCACGAGUACUUCAGCGAGCCCUUCGGGUCCCAGGGCCUGGGUUUGGCCGUGCGGGGCUUCGCGCGCUGGCCCGCCUUCGUCACCGCCGAGGCGCGGCGCCUGGGCGCCGCGGGCGCGCCGCAGUCCGCGGGGCUGCUGCCGGAGAUCGGCUGCGCGUGGGCCGCGCUCGGCGCGGCGCUCGUCGUCUGGGACUACCGGCGCGGCGACGACUUCGCCGUCUACGAGGGCUUGAGGGACGCCGUGUCCGCCGUGUGUCUGGCGCCGCCGAAGCCGCGGGUCUUCGUGGACGCGGUCAAGGACGUCCUGGUCGUCGCGACGCCGUCGGACGUCUCGCUCCUGGCGCUCGUCUUCGAGCCGGACGCGAACCAGCCGCCGGGCGCGCGGGGGCGUUUACGGGUCCUCCCGACGGAGUUCGGCGCGACGACGGCGGAUCUGGACGGCGCGACGUUCGCGGGCGCCGCGGCGUCGCGCGACGGCCGCGUCUUCUUCGCGGCGUCCGACGGCUUCGUCCACGAGUUCGAGUACGCCGCGCGCGAGUCCGUGCUCGGGCGCGUGGCGCGCAUGGUCCUGCCCGGCGGCAACCCGCCGGCGCCGCCGCCGCCGCCGCCGAACCCGGACGCGCCGAAGAAGCGGCCGCCGCCCGCGGGCUACGAGGGCUUCUCCGCGGCGAAGUGCGCGCGGCGCGACCCGUCGGCCGUGCGGCGCCUCGCCACGGCGCUGCUGCCGCCCUUCGCGCGGCCCGAGUGGCUGCUGCACCCCAUGCGCUUCCUGGGCGUCGACGGCGCGGGCAAGGACGGCCUCGUCGACGUCGUCGUCGACGACGCGCGCGGCGCCUUGUACGCGUUGUCCGCGCGCGGCGUCCUCGGCGUCUACGACCUGGGCAAGCGGGGCCGGGACCUGCGCCACGUGGGCAGCGCCCGCGUCGCCGACGCGGCGAAGCUCUGGUCCGCGGCGCACUCCGCGCGCGACACGACGGCGCCGUCGCCGCAGCUCUUCGAGCCCGCGGCGCGCGGCGACGCGAAGAUCGUCGCGGUCCACGUCGUGUCGCCGCUGGAGUCGGCGACGGUGCACUGCGUCUGCGUCGACGACGCGGGCUUCCGCUUCUACUUCUCGACGACGGCGCUCAAGAGCGGUCUGGGCGUGCGCGUCGACGCGGCGGCGAACGCGGCGCUACCGCCGCCGACCGCGGACGGCGCGGACGACGCGCUGCGGCCCCGGGCGCUGACGCUCGUCCACGUGCGCGCGCCGCCGCCGGCGGCCCUCUGGGACGGCGCGCGGCGCGCCCGGGCCGCGGGCCGGCGCCGCGAGGACCAGGUCUCCGCGCCGCCGUCGACGGACGCGCGAGAGCUCUACGGCGCCAAGGUCGGCGCGUCCUUCUACGGCAACGGCGUCUUCGUCGUCGCCAAGGCGUCGGGCCGCGACGCGGACCGCGUGCUCGAGUGCGCCGUCGACGCGCGCGACGCGCCGCGCGGCGCCGCGGCGAAGCCCGCGGAGCCCGGCCCGUCGCCCGGCGGCGGCUUCUUCUUCGGGCGGGGCUCCGCGCCGACGCCGUCGCCCGCGCGGGCGCCGUCGCCCGUGAGCGCCGGCGGCGACGGGCCCAAGUACGCUUUGCGGGAGGCCGUGUCCGAGCUCGUCGACGGCCGCGGCGACGACGGCUCGCCCGCGUCGCGGCUCGUGCCCAAGGUCUGGGCGCUCGGCGAGGCCUGCGACCGCGGCGGCAUCGCCGCGAAGUUAAGGGCGUUGGCGGCGUUGAGCCGCACGCCGGCGCAGCGCGACGCGCGGCCCUACGACCGCCUCGUGGCGCCCCUGGCGGCCAGGGAGGGCGACGCGUUCGUCGCCGCGGAGCGGAAGCGGCGCCGGGCCGCGGCGGUGGCCGCGGGCAAGGGCAAGGAUUUAGAUGAUGACGCCUUGGUGGCGCUGGGCGGCGGCGCCUACGACGGGGCGCCGUGCCCGCUGCGGCCGCUCCACGGCGGCCGCCACUUCGCGCUCGCGCUGCCCGACCGGCGCGGCGACGACGGCGGUUCCCCGCGGCCCCGCGAGUACGCGGCGGCCUUCGCGCGGCUCCCCGAGCUCGCGUCGCAGCACGUCGUCGGCGAGCGGCGCCUGGUGUGCCUGACGCGGCUCGGCGUCGAGGAGCUGGCCAAGGUGCGGCCCGUGGACGCGCUGCGGGAACUGCUGCGGUCGGACCUCGGCGACGGCGCGCGGCGCUUCGGGUCGCCGGCCGACGACAAGCGCUCGGGCGGCGGCGACGCGGCGCUCCGGGCCUUCGCCGAGUCCUACGGCCGCGCCGAGGCCUGCGCCAUGGCCCUGGCCAUCGCCUGCGGCGCGGACGCGGGCGGCGGCGGCCAGGUCGACGAGCCCGCGACGCGGCGCGCGGCGCUCGCGGCCGCGCUGGACCUCGGCGGGCGGCCGCGCUUCGUCGAGACGGCGACGACGUCGGCGUCGACGGCGACGCAGACGGCGCCGGUACCGGCCCUGAACGGCGGGUUCCGCGCGGGCGCGCCGUCGUGGCAGUCGCCGCAGGCGGCCGCGGCGGCCGCGCCGAGCCCCGCGGCCGCGCCCGCGCGGCCGGCGACGCUGCUCUGCACCUUCAAGCACAGCGACCGCCACGAGGCGUUGUUGUUGUUGGCGUCGCGGCUGUUGCGGCCCGUCUGGUUCAAGCCGCUGCUGUGGUUCGAGGACGGGUGCGACCGCGCGACGUUCCUUCUGGACGCCGCGGAGCUCCAGGCGCUGUCGACGCCCGUCCAGGAGCUGCGGAACGCCCUGCGCGACGAGCCGGCGCUGGCCGUCGCGACGCGGCGCGACGCCGCGCGCGACGCCGAGGCCGCGCGGCGCGAGGCCCGCGAGCUCCACGUCGUCUACCGCCUCGUGUCGCGGGCGACGCAGGCGCUCGCGCUCCUCGGCGUCCUCGGCCGCGCGCGCGAGGCCGAAGACCGCGCGCGCUGGGCGGAGGCGCGCGACGCGCCGCCGCCGGGCGCGCCCGCCGGGAGCCUCCUGGGCCUGCUCGGCGGGCCGGCCAAGGCCGCGCCGAAGCGGCCGGCGACGGCCGUCGACGCGCGGCUCAAGCAGGUGGGCUCGCGGACGCUGCGGGAGCUCGUCGUGUCGCGCGACGCGCACGACGCGGUCCGCGAGUGCCUGCGCGCGCUCACGGCGCCCGUGUCCGUCGGCGAGGCGCUGCUGAGCGACCGGCGGCCGCCGGCGGCGCCGGCGCCGGCGCCCGAGAAAAGCGGCGCGCCCGCGGCCGCGGCGCCCGCGGCGCCGGCGUACGCGUGGCCCGAGGCGCUCGCGCGCGAGCUCGGCGGCCACUGCUACCUCUACUUCAACGGCGGCGACGCGCUGGCCCACGGCGCGUCGCUCCACCUCGCCAAGGCGGCGCGCCUGACGGAGGGCCUGCGCCACGCGGAGGCCGAGGACGCGCGCGCCGCGGCGGCCGCGGCGUACCUCCGCGCCGCCGGGGCCUGGCGGUCCCCGAGCGACGUGCUGCCCGCGGCGGCGCCCGGCGCGUCGCCGCCGGCGCUGGCCACGGCCUGCGACGCCCUGCGCGUCCACGGCUGCGCCGCCGCGGCCGUCGAGGUCGCCCUCGCGUGCGCGAAGAACUUCGCGCCCGCGUCCGUCCCCGGCGACGCCGGCGACGCGGAGCUCGCGGGCGACCACUGGGAGCUCGCGCUCUACCGGGGCCGCCCGCCCGACGGCGCCCAGCGCCGCGACGAGGACGCGCGCGAGGCCUGCCACGACGUCGCGCUCGACGCUUUAAAGCGCGAGCUCUGGCGCUGCGGCGCGGCCGGCGACGCGCGCGCCGACGAGGCGCGCGGCGACGGCGCCGACGGGGCUUUGCUGGCCUGCUGCGGCGCGAAGCGCGGGCCCUUCCUCGACCGGUGCCUCGAGGCGGCCAAGGCCGCGGACGACCGGCGGCUGGUCAAGUUGCCGCUCGACGCCGUCGAGGUCUACCUCCGCGCCGCGGACCCGGGCCUGCUCUGGCGCCACCACCUGGCCCACGGCGAGGACGCGCGGGCCGCGGCGCUCAUGGAGGACCUGGCGACGGCGCCCGGCGGCGACCUCGACGCGCGCGUGUCGUGCCUCGUCCGCGCGGCCGAGUCCGCGCGGCGCGCGGCGCGCGCGGGCGGCGCCGCCGCGCCGGGCGCGUCCGCGCCGCCGCGCUACGACGCGGCGAAGAUCCGCGAGCUCGACGAGCUGCUGGCCGUGGCGCGGCUCCAGCAGCGGUGCCUCCGGCGCGCGGCGGACCUGCUCGUCGACGCGCGGCGCGCGACGGCCGACGCCGAGGCGGCCGCGCGGCGCGCGGCCGCCGACGGCGAGCCCGGCGGCGAGGCGGCCCAGCUCCACGACGCCGGCCUGGAGAACGAGCGCGCCCUGGACCUCGAGCGCGUCGCCGCGACGCUGGAGGAGCGGCUCGUCGGCGUCAGCGAGCUCUACAACGACGUCGCGAGCCGCUACGGCAUGUGGGACCUCUGCCUCGUGACCUUGAAAGUCUGCGGCCACGACGACGAGCCCCUGGCCGUCAAGCUCUGGACGUCGCUGCUCCGGCGCCUCGUGCCGCGGCGCGCGCGGGACGCGAGCGCCCAGGCGCGCCUCGGCGACGCGGGCUUCUGGGCCGCGCCGGGCAACGGCGACGGCGACGAGCCCUACUGGGACGACGGCCGCGCGGCGAGCGGCGCCUUCUUCGAGGACCGCACGUGGCUGCGGCCCCUCUGCGACGCCGUCGCGUCGCUGGGGCGCGAGCUCGCCGACGACGACGGCGAGCUGGGCGACGCGGGCGCCGCGGACGACGCGCCGUGGACGUCCGCGGCGUUCCCGCUCCGCGCGCUCGUCGCGUUGCUCCAGCGCCUCGCGACCCUGCUCUACGAGACGACGCGCGCGGGCGCCGCGGACGGCGCGCGGCCCGCGGCGCCGACGUGGCCCAAGGACGCGCUCCGCGCGGCGGGGGCGCCGCGCCUCGCGCUCUUCCUCGCCCUGCUCCAGGUCGGCGCCGCGCGCGACGCGUCGGACUUGGAGAAGCUCCACGCGCUCGCCAACGCCGCGGACGUCCUCGACGCCUGGGCGACGGCCGCGGCCAACGACGUCCGCGAGCGCCGCGCCUUCGCGUCGGGGCUGCGCCACGGCGCGGACCCGGAGCACCUCAUCGCCACGCUCCGCGGCUUCGAGCACACGGCCGACCCCCUCCUCGACAAGACCCUCAACCUCCUCCACAACACGAGGGACCGCGUCGACGCCAUCUUCUCCCGCUGA